AUGGACUACGAUACUGCACGGAAAUCGCGGACAGCGCAUUUGGCACAGUUAACCAAGAUUUAUAGAGAACUUGAAGAGUUGAUGUUAACCACUGAAAAUGAGCAAAAAGUAAAAGAAUUGUUUAAUCGACUGUGCGAAAGAUACGAAAAAUUUAAAACAACACACUUUGAAUGUUUAGACUUUUGCGACGAUCCUAAAACUAUAGAAACACUAAAGAAGAACUUUGAAAGUUGCCGAGCGAACUUUAUAGAAUUCAAGGAAAGAUAUGCCGAAUGGAAUCCCGUAGCAUCAAUACCCAGUAGUGCAGUUUCAUCAACAACUCGGCUAAGAAACGCAAAAGUUAAGCGUCUGAUAGCUGAACAAAAACUUAAGACUCUUAAAGAAAAACAAGCUUUGGAGAAGGAGAAACUGCGAUUAGAGGCAAUACAGAAGGAGCUCAAAGAUAAAUCGCAACUACUGGAUCAAGAAAGUGCUGUGAUGGAAGCGAGGCUGGAGGAGUCAAUGUGGGCAGACGAAAGCACGGUGAUAGAAGCAGACGACAUAUUAGAAGAUGGGCAUAUUGUGCAGAAAACUAUGGAUUUUGGACAUACUUAUCGAAAUGAUAAUGUAGCCGAUAGCAAUACGGCACGUUAUUCUCGUGCUUGUCCCGGUAAAGAUCACGAGGCUGCAGACGCACGUAAGUUCGAAGAUGUAACGCAGCAAGAUGGCGGAAAUAGCGCUUCCGGUUUAGAAGUGGAACGACUUGCAUCAAUCAUUCAAGAAGGAUUUAAUUUACCAAAACCAGAGUUACUGACAUUCAACGGUUCUGCGCUUGAUUAUUGUAAGUUCAUUAAAAAUUUUGAGACCAACAUUGAGUGCAAAGUAAGUGACAAUAGGUUAAGAUUAAGUUAUCUAAUACAAUAUUGCACUGGUGAGGCAAAAUCUUGCAUAGAAGAUUGUGUGUUAUUGGAUUCAAAUGUAGGGUAUAACCGAGCUAAAUCAAUUUUGCAAUCUCGUUAUGGUAGGCCACAUGUUGUUGCGAGAAGUCAUAUUGAUAAAUUGUUGCUUGGCCCUAAUAUUAAUGCAUCUGAUGUUAAAGGAUUGUCUCAAUUAGCUUUAGAUAUGCAAAAAUGUCAAAUGACACUUUCACAACUAGGGUUUGUUUCUGACGUAGAUAACUCUGAGAAUUUAAGGCGCAUUGUAAGACGUCUCCCUAUGCAUUUGAGAUCAAGAUGGGCAGAGGUAGCCCACUCUAUUUUUGAGUCAGGGAGAGAACCUAAUUUCUUUGAAUUGACCAAAUUUAUUGAUGAAAGGUCACGUGUUGCUAGUUCAGUUUACGGCAUUGAUGUUGUAAAAGAAAAUGUCCGAGAAAAUAAAGCGUCUGCGUCAGGAAAUACCACAAAAGGUAAAAUAACUACUCUGUCUACAUACACAGAAAACCAAACGUCAAAAUACAGUAGAAAAUGUUUUUGUUGUUCAGGUACAUGUUCGAAUUUAUCUUUAUGUGAUAAAUUUAGAAAAUUGUCUUUAGAAGAUAGGAACAGGUUUGUCAUAAAAUCUAAAUUGUGUUUCAAUUGCCUCAAACCCAAUCAUAUGUCACGCAAAUGUAGGCGGGAUAAAUUAUGCACUGUGUCUGAUUGUACCACUAAACACCAUUUUCUUUUACACAAUUGGUCCCCAAAGCGUCCCGAUAAUUCAAUAACCCAACCUUCUGUUAAUUGUGCGGCAGUUAAUGGUUCAUUUGCUAAAACCUGUCUAGGGAUCAUACCUAUAACUGUAAAGGGUGGGAACGGUUACUCUUGCCAAACUUAUGCUCUGCUCGACGAUGGAGCAGACAAAACGCUUUGUGAUGAAAGUCUUAUACAGCAGUUGCAUCUGACCAGCCGGCCUGUCACCUUCCAGAUAUCGACCAUUAGCUCGACCGGAAGUACAACUUGUGGACAGGAAGUUGAUCUCAGCGUUUGCCCAGUUUCUGGAAAUGGUGAAAUUCACCUUAACAAUGUUUGGACGGUUAAACAGUUACCUAUCUCUACCCGCUCUGCAGUGACAAGUGAUGACAUUAUUGGCGUUCCAUACUUGUCCGAUUUACAAAUUCCCAAAGUAAAGGCUAAUGAAGUCCGGAUUUUAAUUGGUACAGAUUUCCCCGAAGCACAUAUUCCACUUGAAGUGCGUUCUGGAAGCAGUCAUCAGCCAUAUGCUAUAAGGACACGACUUGGUUGGGCAGUUCGUGGGCCAGUCCCUCGUCCUUUUGUAGAACAGAACAGAACAAAACAUAACAGAGCAAAUAUAAACUUUGGUCAUUCAAAUGACAUAAUACUGCAACAACAGCUCGAGCGUAUGUGGACGUCUGACUUCAACGAUGUUAAAUUCUGCGAUAAAGAGUCAAUGUCCAUUGAAGAUAAAAGAGCGUUGGACAUUAUGGAAUCAUCCCUUUCAUAUGUAGAUGGUCACUAUAAGAUGGGAUUACCUUGGCGUGCAGACGAUAUAAACUUACCAAAUAAUUUAGCAUUAGCCUAUGCACGUUUGAAUCAACUUAAACACAAAUUGUCUCGUGAUAAAUAUUUACAUGAAAUGUACACCAAAACGGUUAGUGAGUACAUUAAUAAAGGUUAUGCAAAAGAGGUAGAUAAUAACGGUACAAACUCUAAGCGCAUAUGGUACUUACCCCACCACCCUGUGAUGCACGUUAACAAACCAGGAAAGGUUCGUGUGGUAUUUGACUGUGCCGCGAAAUACAACGAUACUUCAUUGAAUAGCCAGCUCCUUCAAGGUCCAGAUUUAAUGAACAGUUUAGUAGGGGUACUUUUAAGAUUUCGUGAGAAAAAGAUAGCUCUGUCUGCUGAUAUAGAGGCUAUGUUCCAUCAAGUUCAUGUGAUUGAAGAAGACUGUCACGCACUCCGGUUCCUAUGGUGGCCUGAUGGGGACAUGUCUGUACUUCCUAAAACUUACUGUAUGCAGGUGCAUCUGUUCGGUGCCACAUCAUCUCCUAGCUGUGCAGCUUAUGCAUUAAGAAGAACAGCCAGUGACAACGCGAAUAAAUUUCCAGAUGAAGUUAUAGAAACUGUUAAAAGAAACUUCUAUGUCGAUGAUUGCCUGAAAUCUGUAGAUUCAGAAGAGAAAGCGACAAAGUUAGCAGCGGAUUUACAGUCACUGAUGAAAAUGGGAGGUUUUAGACUUACAAAGUGGAUCAGCAACAGUAGGUCAGUCAUUGAUACAAUUCCCGAUUAUGAACGUGCACCAACGAUUGUUAGCCUCAGUCCCGAAGAUGAACUUCCUUAUGAUCGUGUAUUAGGCAUUAAUUGGAACGUUAAUGACGAUUUCAUCACAUUCAAAAUCAAGAAAACAAAUAAACCUGUAACUAGACGCGGAAUGCUUUCCAUAGUUAGUGCGAUAUUUGAUCCACUAGGACUUUUAGCACCAGUGACAUUACGAGCAAAGGCUAUCGUUCAAAGCUUGUGUAGAAGGAAAUUUGGUUGGGAUGAAGCAAUUCCGCAAAUUGAUCACGAUGAAUGGCAACGUUGGAUAUUAAACUUACCUUGUUUGGAAAACGUUCGAAUAAGCCGUUGUUUUCAACCAAAAUAUUUCAGUACUUUAAAAAAUAUACAGUUACACGUGUUCAGCGAUGGUUCUGAGACGGGUUACGGCGCAUGCGCAUAUUUACGCAUUACUGACGAAAAUGAUAAUACUGCAUGUUGUUUAGUGCUUGGCAAGUCCCGACUCGCCCCGAUAAAACAAGCUUCGAUACCGAGACUCGAACUGUGUGGAGCUGUUGUGUCAUGCCGCCUGUAUGCCAUGCUGAAAGAAGAACUUGAUUUGAAAAUUGACAAAGUUGUUUUCUGGACAGAUUCAAUGAUCAUUCUUGGAUACAUAAAUAACACUUCAAGACGUUUUAAGACUUUCGUCGGGAAUAGAAUUAGUUAUAUUCAUGAAAUGACGAGUCCAGAACAGUGGCACUAUAUCGACUCCAGUUCGAACCCCGCUGACAUAGCAUCAAGAGGCAUAGAUCCUGGCGAUAAAACUAGCAUUUCUUUCUGGCUAAAUGGACCAGACUAUCUGGCGCAGGACGAGUCUACUUGGCCUAAAUUUGUAAACAUAAACGAUAUCGCCGACGACGACUCCGAAAUUAAAAGAGACGUAGCAAUAAAUACCACUGGGGUAUACACUGGGCUGACUAUAGGAGACAUUAUCAACCAUUAUUCAGACUGGAACAGACUACUAAGAGCGUUUGCUUGGUUACAGAGGUUUGUGACAUACUGCAGAAGUCAAAAUAAAAAUGAACAAAAUUGUGAAGACCUCAAACUAGCUGAGAUACAAAAUGCUACUCAUGAAAUUGUUCGGUAUGUACAGAAAAUCAAUUUCCAACAAGAAAUAAAAGACUUAUUGAAAGGAAACCCCGUAAAAAAGAACAGCAGAUUAGCUAUGCUUAACCCUGUGAUGAAAAAUGGACUCAUCCGAAUGUCUGGGAGACAAAUUUACACUGACUAUGAAAAAGCCCCUAUAAUUCUUCCCCACAAUGAUCACGUGACAGAGCUGAUAAUUCACAAUAGCCAUAGCAGCAAUGGACAUGUAGGAUGGCAACACGUUCUAGCAGAAAUACGGUCAAAAUUUUGGAUUUUACGUGGUCCUAGUGCUGUUAAAAAGACCAUAGGAAAAUGCAUUGCUUGUAAACGACAGAGAGGUCCAUUACUCACUCAACAGAUGGCGCCACUUAUCCCAGAGCAGACGACACCUUGCAAACCACCGUUUACAUUUGUCGGAGUGGACUACUUUGGACCAUUGAUAGUAAAAUUAGGUCGAUCUAGCGUUAAAAGAUAUGGUUGUCUGUUUUCUUGCUUGACAACGAGAGCAGUGCAUAUAGAAGUAGCCCAUAGUUUGACAACAAAUUCAUUCAUAGCUGCCUACCAGCGUUUUACAUGCAGACGUGGACAACCAGAGAAAAUGUUUAGUGACAACGGUACCAACUUAGUUAGUGGAGACAAAGAACUUAAGAAAUCCUUAGAAGAGUGGAACCAGUCUAAGAUCGGCAGAUAUCUGUUACAGAAUAAGGUAGACUGGCACUUUAAUCCACCAUACGCGAGCAAUAUGGGUGGGGCAUGGGAGAGAAUGAUAAGAUCUACACGCACCAUUUUGAAAGCUCUUGCCAAGGAACAACUUUUAACAGACGAGAAAUUACUCACUUUCAUCGCAGAAACAGAAAGAAUUCUAAAUGAUAGACCAAUCACUUCCGUGAGUAGCGACCCUAGAGAUCUUCCAGCGCUCACACCAAAUAUGCUUCUUUUAAUGAAAAGUAAUGCGAGUAUUCCAAGAGGUGUUUUUGAAAAAGAAGAUGUAUACAGUAAAAAAUGGUGGAAACAGAUACAAUAUUUGAGUGACGUAUUCUGGAAAAGAUGGAUCAAAGAGUACCUACCUUCUCUUCAGAACCGACAAAAAUGGCAGAGAGAAACAAGAAACAUGAAAGUGAACGACAUCGUACUUGUAGCAGACGAUACCAUUCCACGAGGGCAGUGGCCACUUGGCAGAGUAACUGAGGUUUUUAAGGGUAGGGAUGGGCUUGUACGCAAAUGCCUUGUCCGUAUAAGAAAUUCAAAUGUCCUCAGACCAAUAACAAAAUUAUGUCUUUUAGAAGGCACAGAGUAA